UUGCAUGGAUAGUCUGGUCGAUGCUUUAAGUAAGCUUGCAGUCGACCCGAAACGGUUUAGUCUGUCCUAAGACACGGCUUAGUGUAUAUCAUUGUUCGGGUAGUGCCAGAAGUGCCUUCGAGAGCUUUCUGCACAGAGCUCCUCUAACUCUGGCAGACGUUGUGAACAUCCAAUGAGUGUGUGACGACGGUUUAGUCCUCGUCCUACCGUGGACAUAGAACGAUAACGUGGUUACAACGAAAUCGUCCUAAUCAGCAAGUCUUCGUUAUGACUGUUUAGUCGCUGAAUUUAUUCGCGCAAAAAGCAUCCAGCCACGAACUGCGUAAGCUCACAUCCCAUGAAACAGGGCAACAGUUGAUGUCCGCUCCGGGACACCAAUCAACAACCAUCAUUAUUCCGUUUUACUGUAACGGAAAACUCAAUACGAGAGUGUCGAUCUGUGGCCAGUUAUCUGUUUCGAAGAGUCGGAUUUGACGGCAAAAAACUAACUUAUCAAUCCAAAUGUUCCCGAAGCUGUGAUAUUUAUUUCUGAACCAGAAAUAGGAAGAGAGCAUAAAUUUUCCAUUAUUUUACAUAAGUAAGCAAUUACGAUAAAGAGAGUGUGUGUGCGAGUGUUUUUUAUUCGGUUCAAAGAAGUGCUAAGCCCGCGUUAGUGAGAAGAAAAGACAGUCGGAAAAAACCAAAAACAAAAUAAAUCGUAUACGAAGAGAAGAAAAAGGUGCAUCCAUUUUAACGAUCAUCUCUGCUGCUGCACGUGCGGUCAACGUUCGUUGCCAGUGCAGUGGUGUUUUUAUUUUUUGGAUCGUCGAAAAAUAAAAGGGCUGAAAAAAAGAAAAAGAGUGAAAACCGGAGAUAACAAAAAAUGACAGGAAAAGAAACUUCCGCUCUAGUGGACAAGGGCUCUGUGCCCAAAAUCGUCGCCAUCAACGAGAAGGGCUGCACGCUGCCGAACCUCGAGGGCCAACCAAGCAAAAGCGAGCGGGGAAAAGCCCUGCGGCAGGUCAUCGCCGCCUUCAUCGCCAAUAUCGGCACCAUCAACACCGGAUUGAUUUUUGGUUUCUCGGCUGUGGUUAUCCCACAGUUGCAAGCACCUGAUACGCUAAUACCGGUGGAUGAAAGCCAAUCAUCAUGGGUCGCGUCCUUAUCGGCUAUUGGAACCCCGAUUGGCUGCCUGCUCAGCGGCUACAUGAUGGAUAAUUUCGGUCGCAAAAAGGCUCUGCUGCUGACGGAAAUUCCCCUCAUCAUAGGCUGGAUCGUGAUUUCCUGUGCGACCAGUGUCGAAAUGAUUUACGCGGGUCGUGUUCUGACGGGAUUUGGUUCCGGAAUGGUUGGCGCGCCGGCUCGUGUAUACACGUCGGAGGUUACGCAGCCCCAUCUGAGAGGCAUGCUGUGUGCGCUGGCAUCCACCGGUAUCAGCUUGGGAGUACUCUUCCAAUACACGCUCGGUGCGUUCACAACGUGGAAGAUUUUAUCGGCUGUAUCCGCCCUCGUACCGGUGCUUGCUUUCGUGCUUAUGCUUUUUAUGCCCGAGACGCCUAAUUAUUUAGUGACGAAGAACAAACCGGACCAAGCAUUGAAAAGUCUGGCUAAGCUUCGUGGGUCCACGUAUAAUCUAGAGCGAGAAGUUCAUCAGCUGCAAAGCUUUGCACAAAAGAGUAAUCAAAAGAAGAAACUAUCCCCGAAAGAAACAAUUCAAGCGCUGCUGCAUCCGUCCUGCUUGAAACCGUUUGGAAUAUUGACGCUGUACUUUAUGAUGUAUCAAUUCAGUGGUGUGAACACGAUUACUUUCUAUGCGGUCGAGAUCUUCCAGGAUUCUGGAACCACAAUGGAUAAAUACACUUGUACGAUCUUGCUGGGUGUCGUCCGGUUUGUGUUCACGAUUAUUGCUGCCAUUCUGUUGCGAAGAUGUGGUAGACGACCGCUGACCUUCAUUUCCGGCAUUGGCUGUGGCUUCACGAUGAUCGGAUUGGGAACGUAUCUGUAUUUCAAGAAAACCUGGGAAACCGCCGACCCCCCAAUCCCACCAACCGCAACUUGGUUUCCGGUGGCUUGCAUUUUCAUCUUCACCAUCACGUGUACGCUGGGUUUCCUUGUAGUACCGUGGGUCAUGAUCGGUGAACUGUAUCCCAUGAAAGUGCGUGGCCUGUUGGGAGGUUUCACCACCUGUAUGGCACAUACCUUCGUGUUCAUCGUAGUGAAGACGUAUCCAUUUUUGUCGCACUUACUCGAGCGACACGGUGCCUUCAUCCUGUAUGGAUGUAUUUCGUUUUUAGGUACUGUUUUCUUCUAUCUUUGUUUGCCGGAAACAAAGGGUAAAACACUGCAGGAAAUCGAAGACUACUUCUCCGGCCGCAUUCGGUCGCUACAAAAGUCGAAACAGCUGGAAGCAGAAGGACAGCUAAUGAACAAUAAUUCCAAACCGCAGCUCUUAAUCGUGGAUAAAAAUAAGUUGCUUCCUUGAGCAGCGUAUGUGUCGCUUCGCUAUGACAGUGCCAUACAAGAAACGAAGGAGGAUGUACGCUAGCGAAUCAGAAGUAUUUAAGGAUAGCAAAAAAGUGAUAUUCUUAGACUUUUUUCCCGUCCCAUCGCCUGACUAUUACUUCCAAACCGUUCUGUCCCAACCCUGGAACCCUUCCAAGUAUGCGAAAAGGAUCUGCGAAACGGAGAGCACCUCGUUUCAGUAAGAUAGUCUAUAUUAGAUUAUUCAUAACUUUAAAUGUUAUCAUAGUAUUAAAAGCUGCUAAAUGACGCAACACGUUUUAAAAAUUUUGACCUUCACUAUUCGAUCAUAUUUUUGUGAUGUUUUUCCCCUCUCAUGAUAGUUACUAGAAUGCUCAAUACGAAUAUGUAUCGGCAGAGAGAAGGGAACUAACAUAAUUCAAUAGGCAAACACCACUCGACGGUCAAACUACUAGGAUAAGCAACUCAGGAACAAUUUUGUGCCACACGAAUAAUGUGCGAUGCUUAAUGGCAAUGCACGUCGUCGUUGUAAACUUAGGAAACCUUUGAAUAAUUUUUAGUAUACGCGAAUGGAUUUAAGUAUGGAACAAAAAUGAGUCUGCUGUGUGCAACAUAUAUUGAAUGGCUAUCUGUUAACUUAAGUAUUAACUACUCAAAUGAGAGUGAAGGAGAUCUUGAGGUGCCUAACGUCUCGAAAGCGUUCUGAGGAAUAAACUUCUGUUAAAAUAUGA